AAGCCCGGAUCCCAUUGGGAGAGAGCGAGGGCGAACGCGGCACCUCUCAUUUAGUGCACAUUGUCUUCAUCCCCUCUCACCACUUUCUCUCGUAGUGGUCGUGUCAUUAAGAGAGGAAAAUCUGGGCGGGCGCAAGGGAUGCGCUUCGCCAUAAAAGCCGGUAACAUUUGCCUUCGGCACAUUCUUCUGUUGAACAUUCACCAGACCAGUAGCACAGUUUCAUUAGCCCAGUGACAAGCAGCAGGGACAAUUUUUUUUCGCUUUUCCCUAAUCCUAGUGUUGAUCGCUGAGUAUCCGUGACGAAGCCGACUCCGGUUAUCGUUUGCGCUCGCCGAGUGAUUUCAUCAAAUUGAGUGUGUUAGUUGUGUCCUGUGGACGCCACAAUUUGCCGCUGACAGUGUUGUCGUCUCGCAUCGAACACAAACAAUAGGAUUUUGUUUUUUUUUGCACUGGGCAAAAGUGGAAACAUGGGAACCGAGGAGGACCGAGUACAAAUGAUUACUUUAUCUGAAGCAUAUUUCGAAAGUCAGCAGUACCAACUAGUUUUAAACAUGUUGGAGAAUUUUAAUUGCGUUGCGGCGACCUGGCUUAAAGGAAGGAGCUGUUUAAAACUUGCUGAACAAAUUGCCAGCAGUUUUAAAUACAAGUACUAUCUCACGCAGAGUCUAGAAGAAGAAUAUCGUAACAUCCUCAAAACUGCCAAGGCCUUCUUGUUAGAAACCGUACAAUUGCUAUGGACGGCAAGAGAAGAUAUACGGGAACAAAUAGCUGAAACCAUAUGGUAUGAUCUUGGCAAAGUCGAUAAUGAGCUCAUGCGUACGAAACCAAUAGCAUCCGAUGACAUCGAGGACGAUGAUUUCAACGAGUAUGCGGAUCAUCACGUCGCUUCCAUAACCGAGGAACUUAAAUAUUGGUCUCUAUAAUGCUUGCCUGUGGUACCAGUGUUUUUAUUCCAAUUGCGAUCAAUUGAAGAAUGCGAGAGAAUUAUUCUUGUACUACACGUAAUAGUACAUAUUACAAUCGUAUUUUAUUAUUUGCAUUUUCUUAAUGCAUUUCAGUUAAUUUUUAAAUAAUUAAGUGUUCCAUUUUCGAAUAAUUAUCAUUUUAUAUGUAAUUCAUUGUAUAUGUCAAAAAUGUAAUUUGUAAAUACAUACUCUGUUUUC